UCUCUGGCUGUUGCCCAUUCACAGGCGCAAGAUUCACGUGUCUAUGCGACCACCUGCUGGUGACGUGCCAACUUGCCGGGCUGCGAUGAACCAAUGGGAAUGUCGCGAUGAGCCCCGCCGCCUACAGGACGUCCGUGCGAAGGCUGGUCGUGUACACAGCCACGCUGUGCAUCCUUAUCGGCUACGCCGUCUUCGCACCAGACCUGACGCCAUUUGCAGGGACCGGCCGUUACGUGCAAUCUCUGCCACGUCAGGUCUUCUCCGACGAACCGGAAAUCGUAACGAGCCAUCCAAUCGCCGCCGCUGCAUCGCCAAAAGAUGACGUCAUCAAAAUUGGUGCCACGUUCAGGCAGAUCCGGCCAGGACGGGGCAAUGAACGUCGUGGCAUCUACAUCGCACCUAGGCGUGAAGGCGGUGAUGUGAUAAAGGGCUUCGGCAGACUACAAGCCGGUGCCAGUGCCGGAAAGCUACUGCAACGUCGAAGUUCUUCGAGACAAGCCAGUAGACUUACCUUGGCCCUGAAGACAACUUCCGCACCAACAGCAAAGCCACUACGCCCACCUGGAUCAACGAACGAUAGCAAAGGAAGGGGCGAUGCCAUAUUUCGGAAUAUUAACCCGAAAACACCCUGGACGACUGACGACGCCCUUGAUGCAGACACAUAUUCGUCUAACGAAGCCAACAACGGCGUGUACAACAUUUCGAACGAACGGACGCAGUUCGUCGGCAGUGAUCACGCGUUUUCAUUUGGCACGGACUCUGUGAACGGUGGUAGUAGAUUCGAAAUGAGACGCGGAGUGGACGUCGUCGCGUCGAAUAUGCUUCAGGGUGGUGUUGGGGACGCCGAGCGUCCCGAACGGCGCCUCCCGCACGCCAUCAUCAUCGGCGUCAAGAAGGGCGGCACCAGGGCAGUGCUGGAGUACCUGAGACUGCACCCGCAGGUGAAAGCAGCGGGGCCCGAGCCGCACUUCUUCGACAAGAACUACCACCGCGGAUUCGGCUGGUACCGCUCUCAGAUGCCGGAGAGCGUGCGCGGUCAGCUGACCAUGGAGAAGACGCCGAGCUACCUGGUGCGAGAGCGGGUUCCCGCCAGGGUGCGCGCCAUGUCGCCCUCGGUGAAGCUGGUGCUGGUGCUGCGGGAUCCGGUGACGCGGGCCGUCUCCGACUACACGCAGGCCGCGGCCAAGGGACGCGCCAGGCGCUCCUUCCUGCACUCGGUCACCGACAACCGCACCGGAAUGGUUGACCGAAGCAAGCCGCUGGUUCGAGUCGGCCUGUACGAUGAGCACGUGUCUCGCUGGCUAGAGUACUUCCCCCGCUCCAGCUUCCACUUCGUCAGCGGCGAGAGGCUGGUGGCACAGCCCGAGCGAGAACUGGCCUCGCUUCAGCGCUUCCUGGGCCUCAGGCCGCCCUGGGUCGGGGCCCGGCAUCUCGUUUUCAACAGCACCAAGGGCUUCCCCUGCCUCCUUCGGGAGCCUGGCGCGACGCCCCACUGUCUGGACCCUUCCAAGGGCCGCCCUCACCCCAAGAUCGAUCCCGUCCUCGAGAGGCGGCUACGCGAUUUCUACACACCGCACAAUCAGCGCCUGUACAACAUUAUUGGCAGGGACCUGGAGUGGCCACCUUGAAGUACAGUGCCCUGUCGUUGAAUGUGUUAAUGCGUGAAGGGCGCUUGCAAUGAAGCAACUUGCUACAAAUCUCUGAUGUGUAUAGGCAGUGGUGUAGCUAGAACGAUGACUGCACAUCAACAAACUUUCGUAUUA